AUGGUACAGUUCUCGUGCAGUUCCGGAUACAACCUUGUAGGAAACUCUGCAUUAACCUGUCAGGCUGAUGCAACCUGGAGCGGAACCACCCCAACAUGCACACGCAAGGAGUGUUUGCUGCUGACAGCUCCUACAAACGGUGCAAUGACUGGAUCCAACUUCUAUCAAGACGUGUUGACGUUCGCCUGCAAUUCAGGAUACAACCUUUUAGGAAAUCCUUCAUUAACUUGCCAAGCUGAUGCCACAUGGACUGUGGAGUGCCCGCUACUGACAGCUCCUGUAAACGGUGCCAUGUUCGGAUCCAAUUUCUAUCAGGACAUCAUACAGUUCAGCUGCAAUCCUGGAUACGAGCUUGAUGGAAGUUCUAACUUAGCAUGCCAAGUCGAUGCCUCGUGGAGUGGGUCAGUUCCAACAUGCGAACGUGUGCAGUGCCCGCCAUUGCCAUCCCCUGUAAAUGGUGCUUCGACUGGCAACAACUUCUACAUGGACACGGUUCACUUCACGUGUAACUUAGGAUAUUAUCUGAGCGGAGAUUCUCUUUCCACCUGUCAAGCGGAUCAGUCUUGGAGCAGAAAUGUCCCUUCGUGCAGCGACAUUGAUGAAUGUUUAGCUGCAAAUGGUGGCUGUGACCAUGUAUGUACCAACACAAUGGGUACAUUUCAUUGCUCCUGUGUAACUGGCUACAAUUUGAAUGCAGAUGGUUUUUCCUGUAAUGACAUUGACGAAUGUAGCAUUGCGAACGGCGGGUGCCAGCAAAAUUGCAACAACUUUAUUGGAAGCUUCCAGUGUUCCUGUGGAACUGGCUACAAGUUAAAUAGCGAUGGUUUUGCCUGUGACGAUGUUGACGAAUGCUCAACUCUGAAUGGCGGCUGUGAGCAGAUAUGUACUAAUACCAUCGGAAGUUUCCAGUGCUCUUGCCAGGAUGGCUAUAGCCUUAACAGCGAUGGAUUUGCUUGUGAUGAUGUCGAUGAGUGUGCUUCUGGAAAUGGCGGCUGUGAGCAGACUUGCACCAAUCAUAUCCCGAGUUUCCAGUGUUCGUGUGAUGUGGGCUACAUCCUGAAUGUUAACGGGUUCACCUGUGACGACAUAAAUGAAUGCUCCACUGCGAAUGGCGGAUGUAACCAGACCUGCACCAACCUCAUCGCCAGUUUUGAGUGUUCUUGUGGAGCUGGCUAUAGUUUAAAUGAUGACGGGGUUUCUUGUGAAGAUAUAAACGAAUGCAAUAGUGCCAAUGGCGGUUGCUCUCACGUUUGUAACAACUCCAUCGGUAGUUUUUCAUGCUUCUGCAGCACAGGAUACAUGCUGAAUGUCGACGGGUUUGCCUGUGACGACAUUGAUGAAUGUGACACUGCAAACGGUGGUUGUGGGCAGUUCUGUAACAACACUGUGGGGAGCUUCAGUUGUUACUGUGCACAUGGGUACAGUCUGGGUGUGGACCUUUUAGCUUGUGACGGCCUCCCACCUCCUACCAAUAUCACCAUUACUCUGGCUCGCCAAGAUUCAGUCCUAGUCCACUGGUCACAGCCUGUUCGCACGCUGGUGCUCGGGUACAGGGCGUGGCUGACAGACAAGGAAACUAGCUCCAUUAUUUCUUCACGGCAUCUGUCACAGUCAGCUACUUCUGCCAACUUUACUUCUCUGGUUCCUGCCACAGAGUACGUGGUGUCAGUAAGCUGUGUUAGCGCGUUCUUUGAGGGACCUCAAAUAGAAGUACCGUUUGUAACAGACACUGACCCUCCGGUGAGUCUAUUUGUAGACGGCAUACGCUACAACAGUUUGGCCCUGUUUUGGACCCCGCCAGUUGCCAAGCUUACGAGAUACGAGCUCAAGUUUACCAGCACAGAAGGACACAGGAACCGAAGAUCCACGAGUUCUGUCACCCUUCCUGGUAACAGCGAUAACUAUCUGAUCCAGGACCUGGUCCCUGCUACUCAGAAUGUGUUCAGCUUGACGGCGGUCAGUCGUUUUGGGAGAAGCGGAGCAAUAACGUUUAGCGGCACAACAGGCACAGAUCCACCAUCCGAUCUGAAAGUUCACAAGGUUUCCUCCACCUGGCUGUAUGUGAAAUGGACUCCACCUGUCGCAGCUGUUGUCUCUUACCAUCUUGAGGUACUAGAAGCUGAAAGCCUGGAUGAGAUGCACUUUAGUACGACUCCCUCCUUAACUGCUUACAACAUAACGAAGCUCCUCCCAACGACAAAGUACAUCAUCCGGAUCACAGCUGUCAGCAUGUACGGGCGUAGCGUCAACAUUGAGACAUCCGGUAGCACAGACUCUACGCGAGACGUAAAAACAUUUGCUUUGGAGGAAUUAGAAACGACGACGAUGUCUGCUACAACAGUGAACGGCAAUGACAGAGAGAAGCAAAACACCUUAAAAACGACGUUUAGUCUUCUCCAAUCGAUAAAUAGUCUGAAAGAUCACGUCGACCGAUCCUUGAGAGACAAGGCGCCUCCGGAUGAUGUCGUCAGCAUCGUAACAGAAAUCCACGAUCUGGUCCAACUCGACACAUUCCCAGUGUCUUCAUCUGACUUUCUUAUUGAACUGGAAGCAGCUGUCGAACUGCUUUGUAAAUCCUCUGAACUCAUCAGAGCUUCUCAGGGCACAACAAUACCAACCAUGGAGACAAUAAAUGACGUCAUGGUACAAACAGUUUCCCACCUGGUACAAAUGCUGCCGGUUAGAAAUUUCACCGUUCCUGACACUUCUGAAGGACUUUUUAAAAUGGACGUUAUCGAUGUCGACUCAGUAGAUAUUUCCCCUAAACAACAGCUGAAGGACAUGAAAAACAAGCAAACGGAAUUUCAGCUGCAGUUUCGCAAUGCUGGCUUGUGUAUGACGGAAGCCAUGGACAGGGCGGUAAACUCUUUACUGGCCAUGUUGCCAUAUUUAGAGGACUACGUGGCGGCAUUUGAAGACGACAAUGCCAUCGUAGUGAUUACAAGAUCCACAACCAAUAUGCACAUUAACAGUAACAACGUGAUACUUCGUUAUGGUCAAGUCAAUGUAUCUGCUUCUGUCACCAACUGUUCGUUUGAUGGCAGUUUAGAUGCUACGAUGGUAGUGAUGGAGAGAAACCUGUUUUCCUGGAACUCAUCCACCUUUGGGCAAAAUGUCACCACACCCAUAGUUAUAUUUUCAUUGGGGGAUCAGCACACCGACAACUGCGGUUUAAACCUAGAUCUGUCGAUGCCAGUAGCACUAGGAUUAACAGAGCAACCGAGGCGUCGACGCAGAGCCCUUUUGGAAGAUGGAUUUGUUGCUACACAGUUCACAAGUCAUGGUGCAGAUGGUCUAAGGAUAAGAAACCUGACGAUGGCGUACCAUGCGUUUGACGUACCGGAUGCUGCGGCUGUGGUUGUGAUGCAGCUGUCGUGGUGGGAUCACGCUGCAGCCUACAUGGUCUUCUUCCGUUACGACUCACCGCCGACAGAAGAGCUGUAUGACGACAUGAAAAUGGUCAUGGUUGAAGAUGUUGUUCUGGCUUGGCACCGAGAAACAGACAGUUUGCGAACAUGGAUACCUGAUAUCAACCGACGCCGGGGGAAACUGUACGUUGGGAUACAGACAUCAGGAAUUCGAACUCUUCAGCGAACUGUCCCUUCACCUGAGGAUUACGAACUGCGGGCAUCAACAGUUCUCUUGGAUCUUUCCAAUAGUGCAAUCAGAUGUAAUUGUAGCUUCCCCAGACCAAAGGCUGUGAUUGGUGGCAGUGUACACUUUCCUCCAAAUUCUAUUGACUUUGACAGCGUCUUUGGAAACCCUGAGAGCCUGACCAGCAACAUUGUGUUUUACGCGGUUAUCGGCGAGUGGGCUGUCUACCUAAUGUUGAUGAUCAUCCUAAAUGUAGACUUUCAACGUCUUGGAGAAAAGAUGGGUCAUGACUCAACAGCUGCAAACAGAAAGGAACGAUUGGCACAAUUGUCCAUCCUUCCACCAGACAGGAUGCCAUCCCCAUACCUAUACCAGAUCACCGUUAACACUGGUUCUAUGUUUGGUGCUGGAACCUCGGCACGGAUUGGGCUUCAAGUGUUCGGUGCAAUGGGCAAGACGGCAGUCAAAACGUUGAAUCCUAGGGGAGAGUCAUUGAUCCGGGGUGGGUCAUAUGACUUUAUCAUGCCCAUGAAAAAUCCACUGGGGAAUUUGCAACUAAUACAUAUCUGGCACGACAACACUGGUGGUGGUGACGCUGCGUCUUGGUUCCUGAGAGACGUACUUGUAAAGGAUCUGAAAACGGACAUAGUCUUUUCCAAGUCAGAACGACUAUCUUGUUGCUGGGCUAUUGUAAACAGUAUGAUGGUGGCCAGCGCCAUGUGGUACAGGGAUAACAACGUCGAUUCCACCAGCGACAGAGGUUAUAACCUAGGGUUUGUGACAUUCACCUUACAAGUAUUUAUCCUGGCGUUAAUAGCUGCUUUGAUCUGUAACCCAUCAACUUCCAAAAAGCAGAGGACAUAUGUUAUCAAAAAAGAAGAACUACGUGUACACCUUUUAGGCCUGAAAGCUUCAAGAAAGGUCUACCCACCUGGAGCAGCCUCCGUACAAAGAAUGAAGAGAAAGAACGAGCAGCGGCAAAAGUUCCUCAUGCUGCUGAGAGAGUACAGCCUCCUGUUCCUGUUUGUCGCUGUUCUGUUCUUUAUCAGUCAGCAGGAUAAAGACCCGCUCGCUUUCCACGCGUCACAGACUCUGUCCAGCAGGCUCACAGAAGAUUUCGAUUCGAUCACAACUCCCGAUGAUUUCUGGACGUGGAUUGAGGAAGUCAUGUUGCCUGUGUUAUACCCCUCGCUCUGGUAUAACGGGUGGAAGAUGAUGUAUCUAGACCGACAGUUUCCACUUUAUACCGAGGCCUUCAGAAUCGGCCCGCUACGUCUUACUCAGAUAAGAAAAGCACCGGCUUCAGGUGUGCAGUACUACUUACAUGCCGCACGCACAUUGGAUAAUAUUCAGCGCAACCAUUGGAUAGACAAAUACACAAAGCGUCUGGAUCUGGAACUGUCCUUCUACUAUCCAUCUCGCAAACUGUUUAGCAUCUUGAAAAUGGCCGUGCAUCAGGAGGAUAUCGGUCAUCUUUCAACAUUUACAGUUGUAGGAACACAAAGACUAUUCCAGUACGAAAACACGUCUGAUUACGGCAUGAUGGCAGCCCACAUUCUCUUCAUAUUGCUGUUUCUGAUUGGUUUAAUCAAAGAAGCCAUAGCUGUCAAGAAGUAUGGGAUGACGUUUUUCGGUUCGAUCUGGAAUCUGAUGGCAUCGCUAAGCAUACUGGUAUCUGCAAUUGCAAUCUGUACCUUUGGAAUAAGGUACCAGUUCGCAUCUGAAGCUCUGGACAAGAUAGUGGAGGCGACAGGUGAACUCGGAAUAGAUAAUUUUGUCGACUUGGGACCAUCGUUUUGGUGGGAUGACGCCUUUAAGUAUGUGCUCGCCUCUGUGGUGUUUGUUAACACAUUGGCGCUACUCCGCGUGGUCAAGUUCAACAAGACCAUCGCACACUUCCUUGCUCUACCAGGCGCCAUGAAGAACGACCUGAUCGGGUUUUCACUUGUAAGCGCCAUAGCUUUUAUGGCCUUCAGCUCUUCAGGGAUGGUUGUAUUUGGGACACACAAGAAGGCCUUCACUAAUUUCAUCCACACCAAUUUCGCCUUGUUCGAGAUGACGCUUGGCAGUUUUGACACAGAAGAGAUAUUGGCAGCAAACCGAUAUGUCGGCCCGGUCUACUUUACUUUCUUCAUGAUUUGUAUCUUCAUAAUUCUCGUCAACUUCCUCAUGACCAUCAUCUGUGAUGCCAUUGCCUCCCGCGCCUCAAUUGACGAUGACUAUGACCAGGAUCUGGUAGACUACAUUUGGACAAGCUUCAAGGAGAUGUUGGGGAUCCAUUCUGCACCGACAAAUGAUGUAACAGCAGGUGAAGUGAAACUCGCCGAGCUAAAGACAAUCUUGCGAACUAUAGAGGAGUCUUUAGGCGACAUCUUAGAUGUCACAGAGUGUUUGUGGCCAAAGAUCACAAGUGAAGUGACUUCUUCAAACCAUCAACCUGUCACACCACGACAUCACUCUACUACGUUGUCUUCAGACACAUCGUCGACUACUCCUGCUGUAUCUGAUGUUCAGGAACAGGCCCGAUGCCUCCUCAAAGCACAUGAAGACGAUACGGCUAGGAUUGAGGAAGUGCGCAAUGAAGGCAGACGGCGUGCUGAAGCGAUCCUCAAAACAAAACUAGCAGACAGAAGGAUGAAGUCACGGCUAGAUCAGACCGCCAGGGACGCUGCUCAGGAGUUAAUGGAGCAGCACACAGCUGAUGUUGCACGGAUGGAGGAACGGCAGAAGGGCGCAAGGCGCAUGUUCGAGAACAAACUGAGACAGAAGUUGGCAGCUCGCCGCGUGCAAAAGAAGGACAACGCGAUUUAA